GCUUAAAGCGUUCAGUCGCGAAAAUAACGUCGCAGAGCGAAGUGUACGCGCCUGCUUAAAGUGUUUGGAUAGUUUUUUGAGACCAUUUCGAAGGUGUGAGAAGUGGAAAAUCGCAAACGCUUGAAAACAAUAAUUAAAAAAAUACAACAAAUAGCGAAAAUAGUCGAAAGAGAAUUCGAAAAAGUUAUAAAUAUAUAGUGAUAGUAUCAAAUAAUUGCCGAUAAAUCGUUUUGCUGAAAAUAAUUUGCUCAUUAAAAGUCAUGCAAGCCACUUUGCUGUGCUUUUUGUUGUUGGGUGUUUUGGCCUGUCAUAGCGUUUCGGGGGAUUUACGCUACCGCGGCAAUGCAGUACAUCCAGAUUACCCUGGUCAAUGCUACUACGAGGAACUGCGCCAACCGAUACCCACGAAUCAGUCUUACAAACCGAUAAACCGUGAUGGUCGUUGCGAAUCGAUUUUCUGUCGCAAAGACUUUGUGCUCGAAAUUCGAUACUGCGGCCGUCACAACCUGCAGCCAAACGCGACUUGCGGCAUCGAAUCGGAUAUGCGGCGCGCAUAUCCAGCUUGUUGUCCGCGCUUAGUGUGUCAAACCGACAGCAAUUUCAUUUAAUUUUUUAAUUGCGACUUAAUUGCUGAAACUUAAUUCUUUCAAUUAUCAAUUGACUUUGUUGUUAUUAUUGUUUUAAAUAGAUUGUCACGUUUACAAACACAAUA